GCAAAAUUUGGAAAGAGAGAGAGAAAGAGAGAUAGAGAGAGAGAGAGAGAGGACUGAGUGGAGUGGGGUUUCCUCAGGUGUUUGGAUCCAGUCAUGGCCGGGAGCUCAGAGAAAGUACCGAUCGCCUCGGCGGGACCAGAGGACCUGCAGCAGUUCAUGCCUCCGGCCUACUCCGCCGUGGCGGUCAAGCCCAGCGCCACCGGCCGUCUCCUGAAGGCCGGGAUCGCGGUGCUCAUCGCCGGAGCCCUGCUUCUUCUGCUGGGGGCAGUUGGAGCUUUUUACUUCUGGAACAACAAUGAAAAACACGUCUACAAUGUCCACUACAGCAUGAGCAUCAAUGGCAAAGUGGAGGAGGGUUCAAUGGAAAUCGACACAGCCAGUAACAUGGAGAGAUUCAGCACCGGCAGCGGGGCGGACGAGGCCGUGGAGGUCCACGACUUUGAGAUUGGGAUCACAGGGAUUCGGUUUUCAGGAGGAGAGAAGUGCUACAUCAAGACCCAGGUGAAGGCUCGCCUGCCUGAUGUGGAGGCUCUCAACAAGGACUCAAUGACAUUUGACCUGGAGGAUGAGGUGAUGCCAGCCAAGUUUGAAGACGAUCUUAUCUGGGUGGCGACUGACACACCCCUCUCGGACUCCACCUUCCUCAGCAACAAGAUCAAGGACUUGUGCGGAGACCUGCCAAUCUUUUGGCUCCGUCCCACCUACUCGACCCGCGGACAGAGGAAGAGGAGGGCCGCCCUCCGCCAGCGCCGCCAGGCAGCCGGGAACGGGGAGGAGGAGGAGGACGUGGAGGCAGAGUUCAACCCGGAGAACCCCUAUCAGAGAAAUCUCGAGGGCGAGCAGGGCAACAUGAACAUCGACCCCAUGCUGGAUCACCAGGGAGUGUGUUGCGCCGAGUGCCGACGCAGCUACACCCACUGCCAGAGGAUCUGUGAGCCGCUGGGAGGAUACUACCCGUGGCCGUACCACUACAGAGGCUGCAGGGUGGCCUGUAGAGUUAUCAUGCCCUGCAACUGGUGGGUGGCACGCAUCCUGGGCCUGGUGUAGACACCUCCACCCACCUGGGAGGCGGUGGGGUCCAGGUUGAAGAAACAAGAGCCGGAAAGAAGGAUGGGGGUUCCAAGAGAGGGGAGAAGAAGGGAAAAGUUUAGCUUCUCAUUUACGUUAGAUACCGCUUGGUCUGACCAGAUUCAUGAGAAAUGAACAGCAUCAGUAACCCGUGUCCACACAUUAUAAAUGCAUGGUACAGAAUCUAGGACGCACAUGAUCUCACAUGUCAAGGUAAUGCAGUCGAUGCACACUGCACAGCUUCUCUUAUUAAAAAAACAUACCUGCUCUCCAUUUAGAUCCCUCUGAACUACAGCACGACGCGCUGUCAGGAGAACAUGCAGCAGGUUAGGAUACGAAACAUCCCAGGGACCUGUUUUCAAUCAAACACACUGACACCAGGAUCACAUCACGUUGCAUGAACACCACACAUUUAUCCACGGGAAAAGGCAGGUGAGAUUAUAUUUAUAGGGCUGACCUUUUCUUUCAUCCUUUACCUUUUGAUGUAAAUAAAUGAAUAGGGCGCGAGGUAUAUCACUAGCAGUAACCCCUUCCUCAUCUCGUCUUCAUGAGUAGCUCUCAUUAAAACAUUGUGCUGCCUCUGAAACUUUCAUCUAGAUGUAUUUUUGUCUGCAUUGAAGAAGCUAUCUGAAAGUGCAAUAACACAGAAUAAACUUUUUUUAAGUAAAC